GUAAGGCCACUCCUGUCCAAAGUCCUUCAGAGAUGGUUGAUUAGCUGAAGCAGGAGGUUGCUCUGAUAAAACUGUAGAUAUUUUUAUUCUUAACUGGAGGAUCAUUUAAUAAAUUAGAUUAUCAAUGUAAUUCAGAAAUAAAUACACAAGAGUGGAUUUAAAAUAAUCUAAUCAUAUUUCUAUACAAUUUAGAAGAAAAUGUGGUCUGUGAACGUCAUGUUCCUUCUCCUGUUCUGCUAUGCAUGCUUGUCAACUGGAGAUGGCAGUGUGAAAUUUAUCUCCAAAAACUUUUACAAUGUUCUUCACUGGGAUCCUCUACAGCCUUCUUUUCCAGGCCAAAAGGUGCUCUACAGCGUGCAAUACUGGAGGGAUGAUGAGGAGCAGUAUUGGAUAAAGCAUGAGUGUCAAAACAUCACCCACCUGUCGUGUGACCUGACCGCAGAAACCCCAUCGGUCUAUGAUGUUCACUAUAGGGCUAAAGUAAUGGUUAAUGGCACCUGCAUGGGCAUAACCAAGUCCUUUACACCUUUUAGAGAGACUGUUCUUGGUCCACCACAUUUGUCUUUACACACAACACCAUCCACCCUGCAUGUCAAUGUCACCCUGCCACUUGGACCUAAUGGAGUCUCGAUUGCAGAUAUCAUCACCUCUAGCAAAAAGGGCUUAAUAAAAGCUGUGCCAGAGUACAUCUUAACAAUAACCACUCCAGAAUGGGCUGCACAGGUCAUCACAAACAAAACUGGCCAAUUUGAAGUUAUCUUAAAGUACAAUCAGUCUAAAUACUGCGGCCAUGUGGUUUAUUUACCGACUUCAGAAUGGGGUAGGAUACCCAGUGAGAAAGCACCAUUCUGUGUUACUCUGCCAGAUAACCAUCAGAUACCUUUACAGUGGGUUCUCCUAAGUAUUGGUGUUCUGGUAGCCAUUAUCAUACUAUCAGCUGUUUGUAUUUGGAGCUAUGUAAAGGAUGGAAACAUAAGGAGCAUUCCAGAGGCAUUGGUAAUCCCCACCAAGCAAUGCAAAGUUUUGCAGCAUCAAGACAAGAAUCUCAGAAUUUCUGAAGUUUCUGUUGGCAUACACUGGGUCCAAAACCAGAUCCAAGACCAGAAGAAGAUAAACCUGCAGAUUUGCCGUGCUUCAUGUGAUUUGCCGUGUGGAUAUUCUCCUCAGGUUGACCCAGAGCACAUCUUCCAGUGCAACCCUGAAACAAGUGCAGAGUCUUCUGGGAGUUAUGGUGCUGUUGCAGUUCAGACCCUGGUUGAAGCGAAUGAAGGAAACCUUAAGCGGGAUCACAUUGUGAAGAGACAAACGAUCCAGGCUACUUUGCCCUGCGGUCAAGAAGAAAAAAAGGAGAAAGGAGGAAUUAUUCCCCAAACUUCCUCAUAUGGUGCACCACAACUGCCGAACUUUAAUGGAAGUGAGGGUACACCAGAGCAGCAGCCGUUGGUGAUAAAUGCUGUAAGAAACAUUGAUGGACAACUUAUGUUGGCUCUAUCUGCAUUUCAAUUACAGACCAGCCCUUGUGGCAUAGAAUUGCAAAUGAACACAGAGAGGAAACCUCUUUUGGAAGAUGUCAUAUUCCAGAACGAGCCCAUGUUUACACCUUUAGAAAGACAAUACAGCGAUGAGAGGGAUUCUGGCUGUUAUGACAGCAAUUUAAAUACACCUACCAGCCCAUUCUGCAACCCUAUUUACUCCUCUUCUGAAACCAUGCAUCCUAGUUUACAGCAACAAUGCCAGACCAUGCAACCUGUUGAUGCCAUUUGUCAUUCAGGAUACAAACAAAACGGGUUGUCUGCAUUCCUAACUGGACUCACUGACAUUCACUGAUAUUCAAAACUAUAGGUUGA